GACUUGAGGAGAAAUAGUACGUAUCCCACAUUCCCCACAUAAGAGAACAAUUAAGCAUCUCAUUUUUGUGAAGGACACAAAGAUGACGCAGUUGCUCGUUUCGAAUUUUCUGUUGUAUUAUUUCUUGUUGUUUUCGCCUCUUUUUAUAACCACAAUGGCUUUCGAAGAUUUCCCGCCAUUAAAUGAAACUUCUAUGACAGGCAACAAGUUAAAGACGAUGAAGCUGAUUAAUGCUCAUCUUAAAAAGAUUAACAGACCUUUUCUGAAGUCAAUUAAGACUUCUGAUGGAGACAUAAUCGAUUGUGUUUUGUUUAAUCUUCAACUAUCAUUUGAUCUCCACGAGAUAAAAGAAAAAAUGUCAUGGAAGGAUCCACCUGAGAUGCCAAAAGGACAUGAUAAUACAAAGAUGGAAACAGAGAUCAAGCAGCUAUGGAGUUCAAAGGGUGAAUCAUGCCCAAAUGGCACAAUUCCUAUUAGAAGAACAACUGCAAGUGAUGUUUUGAGAUCCAUGUCAAUUUCUAAAUCUGGAAAGAAUGUUGGCGAAAUGAAAUACCCUGGAGCUCAAAACCAUAAGCAUGCAAUAGCUGAAACACAAGGAGAAUUCCAUGGAGCAAAAGCAACUUUAAAUUUAUGGAAACCAAAUGUUGUCGGAGAUGAUUUUAGCCUUUCACAAAUUUGGGUUAUUUCUAAUACAAACGUCGACCAAACUCUCGAAGCUGGUUGGCAUGUUUUCCCAAGUCUAAACAACAAAGAUAACAAUCCAAGACUAUUCAAUUAUUGGACUGCUGAUGGGUACGAUCGAUCAGGCUGCUACAAUUUGCGAUGUCCAGGAUUUGUCCAAACCAAUAACAGGAUCGCCCUUGGAGCUGCAUUAGGUCCAAUAUCAAUGUAUAACGGCGCCCAAUAUGAUAUCUCUUUUUUGAUCUGGAAGGAUCCAAGGAGUGGGGACUGGUGGUUGAAAGUGGGUAGUGAAGUGAUAGGCUACUGGCCACAAACUUUAUUCACAGACCUUCGUGAUCACGCAACGUUGCUAGAAUAUGGGGGAGAAGUGUAUUCUCCGAACUUGGGUACGCAUACAUUAACCCCAAUGGGCAGCGGUCACUUCCCGACUGAAGGGUUUGGGAAAGCAGCAUAUGCCAGAAACUUGGAAAUGGUUGGUCUGGAUGACAUGCUACAUCCGGUGUCUAGUUUCAGUUUAAUAGCCGAAAAGCCCGAUUGUUAUACUGCUAUAAAAGGAUAUACUAAAGAUUGGGGCGGUUAUAUCUUUUUUGGAGGACCUGGAAAUAAUCCAAACUGUCCUUAAUUGUUAGUACGUACUAAGCAAAGUGGGAGCUCAAAGUAUAAUAGACUACACAUAAAUGAAUGUUUAUAAUAGAUAUCCAACUAUACAUAUGUUCAUUAAAGGAACAUGGACACCAGUUAUGUUAAAAUUAUGAAUAUGAAUGGAUGAUGUAUAGUAUUAA